AUGCCCGCUCGACGAACCAGUCGUGCAGCUGCAAAGCGCGCGCAACAAGCGCUCGAGAGCACGCCCAAGACUUUCGACGGUCUCGACGAUGAAGAUGAGCGCAUGCCCGAUGCGGCCGACGCCGAGGACGCCGAGCCCGAACAAGAAGUAGACGAGGAGGCCGACAAGGACGACGGCUCUGCUGCCGAGGAAGAAGCCCCAGAGGAAGAAGAGGAGGAGGAGGAGGCCAAGUCUCCAACGCCGCCACCCGAGCCUGUCAUCCGCCGUCGACGAUUGGGAAGGCCGCCAAAGAAUAGGCCCCCGGAUUGGGACACCUUGCCGAUCGAGCCUCCCAACCCCGAUGCCACGCCACGCCGCCGCGGCCGUGGAGGCUGGCGUGGACGCGGUGGACGUAAGGGGCAGCAUUACCAGCCCACACAGCAAUCGAUCGACAAGGAUGGCACGGUAUUAGACAUUGUCAACGACGAGGUCGACCUUCCCCAGGAUCCCGAGGGCGAGAAAAAAGUGGACAAGCUAGGGAAUCUCGAGGAUGGGCGCGAGUAUCGAUGCCGAACCUUCACGCUUGCGAACCGUGGUGACCGCCUUUACAUGCUUUCCACCGAGCCCGCCCGCUGCGUCGGCUUCCGCGACUCGUACCUCUUCUUCACUAAGCACAAAAAGCUCUACAAGAUCAUCGUCAAUGACGAAGAGAAACGCGACAUGAUUGAGAGGGAUAUCAUCCCUCACAGCUACAAAGGUCGCUCAAUAGGCAUUGUCACGGCCCGCUCAGUCUUCCGCGAAUUCGGUGCCCUCAUCAUUGUGGGCGGGCGCCGCAUCAUCGAUGACUACGAGGUCGCCAAGGCACGCGAGGAGGGUGCAGUCGAAGGCGAGCUGGCCGACCCGACGGAUGUCUACGACGCCGACAAACCGUACAACAAAAACCAGUACGUUGCUUGGCAUGGCGCCAGCGCUGUGUACCAUUCAGGGGGUCCCUCGGUGCCCCAGCAGAAUGUCAAGGUCGACACCAAAAAGCGGCGUGUCGCCGUCAACGAUGUCAACUGGCAGCUGGAACACGCCAGGGAAGCCAGCCAAUUCAACAGCAUGCUCUCCGCCGUACGCCGCGCCAAUCGCAACGGCGUUUACGACAUCCAGACCAACCAGAUGCACUACCCAGCUAUCAUGCAACCGACGCACGCGCGGAUCGAGCAGGUCGUGGAUGGUGACGAGCCCGAGCAGCCAUCUGCCGGUUCCUCUACCAUGUUCCCUGCCAUUAAACCAUCCAUCUCGCGCAACUUCCUCGUCAUGGACAUGCAUCUCGAGACACCGCCCGCGGGCGUCUCGGUGGCGGCCUACGACGUCCCCUUCCGCACCUCGCAGGCCGACUACGAAUCUUCGGCCUCCGCCGACUUUCUGGCGCCCUUCAAGGACCUGCGGUCCGUGCCAGACGACAUCCGCGACCUACUCCCCGAGGAGUGCCGACAGGCUUUCGACAGCGCCAGGGAAAAGGAGAACAACUGGUUCGACAAAUGGGGCAACGAGGCCGAGAUGACUUCGAGACGUUCUGUUUUUGAGUUUCACACUUAUACUGGCGUUGGGCCGGAAUAUCCAACUCCCCCGGAAGAGCAUAAGGAAGAUACAAGCGUGGUUUACACCCAAGACAAGGUCCGUAGCGCCAAGGGAAAGAAAGCUACCCCUGUCUCUGUUCGAAGAAGAUCCGGAAGAGCCGGGAGAACUGGCUUGCCGUCUUCGCCUACGCUUUCCGUCGCGUCUGUCCGGUACAAGAGGAUCAAGAGCGACUUGAAUGAUCCCAACGACGGGCUGGUUGGGACGACCGUGAUGGUUUUGGGGAUGUGGUCUCUGACGCGGUGGAUGCUGGGGCGGGUCAAGAAACCCCGAAUGGUGUCCGUCGUUGGCUCGCUCGGUUCCUUGAUCAUCGGGAAAGGAGUAAGACAUGUUACCUGGGAGGCAGAAAGUCCAAUUUGCUUCUCGGCUGAGAAGGUACACAGAUCGUCACGGUAUACUUGUCAUGGUGGCAUGUCCAUCUAG